UCUCUCUCAUACGCACUCUGUCUCUCACACACACACACUCUCUCUGUUCCUAAAAAACUACCAACCAACUUUCAAUCCCUUUUCAUUCAUUCAUUUCCUUCAAAUGAAAUCCAUCAAAACUCAUCCUCUUUGAAAUUCACACCAAGAAAACACACACAAACACAAUUGAUCCAAAAUGGGCAUCAAAAUCUUGAUAAUGUUCUCAUUCAUUCUAACUUCACUCCUAUUCUCCCUCCUCUACAACAACACUCCAACAAACCCCACCGCAAUUUUCCGACCCAAAAAAACCUUAAUCAUCCCGAAAAAAAACCACCCGACACACAACGCCACAUUCGCGUACCUAAUCUCCGCAUCGAACGGCGACACGAUGAAGCUCAAGCGACUAAUGCUCGCGCUAUACCACCCCGCGAACUACUACCUGAUCCACGUGGACGCCGGCGCACCCGACGAAGAUCAUAAGGAGAUUGCAAGAUUCGUUGCGAACAACGAUGUCUUUGCCGAGGUGGCAAAUGUGUGGAUUGUGGGCAAGGGUAAUUUGGUCACUUAUAGGGGCCCCACCAUGCUUGCUAACACACUACAUGCUAUGGCGAUGCUGUUGAGAGUUGCUCAAUGGGAUUGGUUCAUUAAUCUCAGUGCAUCUGAUUAUCCUUUAAUCACUCAAGAUGAUCUGAUAGAUGCCUUCUCUAGUUUGCCAAAAGAUCUGAAUUUUGUACAGCACAGCAGCCAAUUGGGUUGGAAAAUGGGCAAAAGAGGAAAGCCAAUAAUAAUAGACCCUGGUUUGUACAGUGCUAAUAAAUCUGAAAUAUGGUGGGUGAUUAAGCAAAGAAGCCUCCCCACUGCUUUUAAGCUUUAUACAGGUUCUGCAUGGACAAUAUUAUCAAGAUCCUUCUCCGAGUACUGCAUAUUAGGGUGGGACAAUCUCCCAAGAACCCUACUUCUUUACUACACGAACUUCGUCUCGUCGCCGGAGGGCUAUUUCCAAACAUUGCUAUGCAACUCCGACGAAUUCAAGAACACGACAAUCAACCAUGAUCUUCACUACAUCACAUGGGACAACCCCCCCAAACAGCACCCUAAGUCACUCGGUCUUAAAGACUACCGAAAAAUGAUUCUAAGCAAUAGGCCCUUUGCACGAAAAUUCAAGAAAAACGACCCCGUUUUGAAUAAAAUCGAUCGAGAACUUCUCAAGAGAGGGGGCAGGCAGUUUUCUUUAGGAGGGUGGUGUUUGGAAGAUGAUAAAUGUUCGGAUUUUCGGAGCGAAAAUUACGGUGUUUUAAGCCCCGGAGCUGGUUCUAGAAGAUUGAGGAUUCUUCUGAGAAAGUUGGUCUCUAUUAAUAAUAACCAGAGUUUAAGUAGACGGAUUUGUAAAUAAGUAAAACUUGAGGUGUUUAAUUGUUAUUAUAAAUUUUUGUUCUCUUUGAUAUAUAUAACACUCAGAUGUUCAAUUGUUGUUACUGAAAAUGUAUAAUGAAAAUUGGUAGUUUAUAUUUGUUUACGGGGU